UUUGAGUCAAAACUUCAGCCGGCCCAGUUCCGUUUCGCUAGCAUCGACAUGAACGCGUAUCGAAGGUCUAGUGGAAGAGUAGAUCACACUGCUAAGGUUGUAAUGGCUGGAGACUGCGCUGUUGGCAAGUCUUGUCUUCUAUAUCGUUUCGUUCAUGACGAGUACAUCUUACCACCGUAUAUUGGUACUGUUGCAGUGGACUUGAAAGUUAAAGUUGUGGACGUGGACGGGACCAGAAUAAGACUUCAGGUGUGGGACACUGCUGGACAAGAAAGAUUUCGUAGUCUAACUCGUUCGUAUUUUAGAGGUGCAUUGGCAUUGAUCUUAGUUUACGACAUCACCAAGGCAGAGACUUUACACAUUGUUCGAGAGUAUAUCUCAUCUGUUGUAUCAGAUGUCGAUGAGAAUCUAAUUUUGCUCCUGUUGGGAAACAAGUCUGAUGUGUCUAGUAGAGAAAGAAUUGUCAGUUACAAGGAAGGUCUAAACUUGGCUAGUAAACAUGGAAUUCAGUUUUUAGAAGUAAGUGCCAAGACCGGCUCUAAUGUUAUGGAGGCUUUCAAUGCUUUGGCAAAGGCAAUAAAAAUCAAGUUAGAAGAAGGUUGCGAUGACCAGAAGGUUCUUGCUCAAGCUGUGCAGCAAUCCGUUUUACAGAAGCAGAAAAAGAGCUGCUGUUUUUGAGUUCAAAUGAUAUAUAUUUAGUUUGCUAGUUGAGUUCUUUAUCAGAUGUAUGUAUUAUGACAUAUUGCUGUAGUUCAAAACUAAGGUGAGUGAUUUUGAUAGUAGUAAUGUACCAAUCAUGAUAGAAAUAUUUGCAUAGUUGCAGUUUUUGGCAUUCCAUGUCGUGACAUAUACUGUAAUUUGGGUAUGUACACAUGCUGUAUCAUCCGUAGAUGUACAGUAUUAGUUAUUUUUUGUACAGCGUAUUAUA